CAGAAACGGGUGAAAGGUAUCCUGGUGGUUGCGGACUACGCGAAGUGGAGGUCUCUGCAGAAGAAUGAUGAAUGUAAACAGAUUUGUCGUUUUAUCGAAAGCUGCUCAGGUCGGAAAGCGGCUGCUCGCCUGUAACGCGACGCAUGCUGGGAAAGAAGUGCCAAACCGUCAGCAGCGGAGGGACUUCAGAACUCACACGAGAAACCUCGCGUACGCCAAGGAUCUGUUCCUCGGUCAGGUGAACAAGGCUGAGGUCUUCCCUUACCCAGAAAUUGGAAAUGAAGAACUGGAGGAGAUCAACCAGCUUGUUGCACCGGUGGAAAAGUUCUUCAACGAGGAAGUUGACUCAGCAAAGAUUGACCGAGAAGCCAAAAUCCCUCCAGAGACUCUGAAUGGGUUGAAGGAGCUCGGGCUGUUUGGAAUCAUGGUUCCUGAGGAGUACGGGGGUCUCGGAUUGUCCAACACCAUGUAUGCACGACUGGCAGAGAUCAUCUCAUUAGAUGGCUCUAUUGCUGUAACACUCGCUGCACAUCAAGCCAUUGGAUUGAAGGGGAUUCUGAUUGCAGGAAAUGAAGCUCAGAAGCAGAAGUACCUGCCUAAACUGGCCUCAGGCGAACACAUCGCAGCCUUCUGUCUGACGGAACCUGGAAGUGGAAGUGAUGCAGCCUCCAUUAAGACCCGCGCAACUCUGUCAGAAGACGGAACACAUUACCUGAUCACUGGCUCAAAGAUUUGGAUUUCAAACGGAGGCAUGGCAGACAUCAUGACAGUGUUUGCCAGGACGGAGGUGGUUGUAGAUGGUGUGAAGAAAGAUAAGAUUUCUGCAUUCAUCGUGGAGAGGGCUUUUGGGGGCAUCACCAGCGGCAAGCCUGAGGACAAACUGGGCAUCCGGGGCUCCAACACUUGUGAGGUGUCCUAUGACAAUGUUCCAGUGCCGGUGGAGAAUGUAAUAGGAGAAAUAGGUGGUGGAUUCAAGGUUGCCAUGAACAUCCUGAACUCUGGGAGGUUCAGUAUGGGCAGCUCUUCAGCUGGAAUGAUAAAGAAGCUAAUAGAGAUGACCUCUGAGUACGCUGCAACCAGGAAGCAGUUUAACAGAAGUCUGAGUGAAUUCGGCAUGAUUCAGGAGAAGUUUGCAGUGAUGGCCCUCAAUGCCUUCGUGAUGGAGAGCAUGGCGUACCUGACAGCAGGGAUGAUGGACAGACCGGGGCUUCCAGACUGUUCUCUAGAGGCCGCAAUGGUCAAGGUGUUCAGCUCAGAGGGAGCCUGGAUUUGUGUCAGUGAAGCUCUUCAGGUCCUCGGGGGUCUGGGUUAUACUAAGAACUACCCUUACGAGCGCUACGUUAGGGACUGUCGCAUCCUGCCCAUCUUUGAGGGGACCAAUGAAAUCCUGAGGAUGUACGUCGCUCUCACUGGAAUGCAGUAUGCCGGCAAAGUCCUUACAGGGAAAAUAAAGGAGAUGAAGAAAGGAAAUCUAGGUCUUGCUUUGGGUAUGGUAGGCAAGAAACUGAGGAACUCAUUCGGAGGUUCAGUGGACCUCGGCCUGACUGGGAAAGAUGGAGUGGUGCAUCCCAGCUUGGCGGAAAGUGCAAAGAAGUUGGAGCAGAAUGUCAACCUUUUUGGAUCGACUGUGGAGAGCCUGCUGUACAGAUAUGGAAAGACCAUAGUGGAUGAACAGCUCGCCCUGAAGAGAGUAGCAGAUGUGCUGAUCAACAUCUACGCUAUGACAGCUGUCCUGUCCAGAGCCAGCCGCUCCAUCAGCAUUGGCCUCAGGAAUCACGACCACGAGGUGCUGCUCGCAAACACAUUCUGCAGCGACGCUUUCUUCAAAAACAAUUACUUGAUGACUCAGUUGCAAAAACACUCUCCUGAGAACAACGAUGCCAACAUCAAGAAGAUCGCCAGGGAGGUCUUGGAGAACAGAGCCUACGUCUGCUCUCACCCUCUUGAAAGAACAUACUGAGCUCUCCCAUGCGAUAAUACACUCUCCUCUAUUCUGACAAAAUGGACGAGUCCAAUUCGCAGUCCCAAUAAUUUGUCUUUUGUCUUCAAUUGGUAUUUCCUUUUGUUUGACAUUAUAUGUACACUUAAUUAAUAAAUUAAGAGAUUUAUGUUUAUA